AUGACAGUUGCGGCAUUUGCGGAUGACGUUGCUAUUCUCUCCUCUGACCACGAUCCGGUUACCUCCUCCGUAAACAUGCAAUCCCAACUCAACAUGCUCAGUGAAUGGCAGAAUCAAGCCAAAUCAGUUCAAGUCACUUUUACCCAACGCAAAGAAAUCUGUCCGGCCGUAUCAAACAACGGUUCUCCCAUACCUGUAAACACUGUAGUAAAAUACUUAGGACUCCAUUUAGACCAACGACUGACGUGGCAGAAACACAUCCAAACGAAAAGGAAGCAGUUGGAUCACAAAGUCAAACAAAUGUACUGGCUCAUGGGACGCAAAUCUAAACUUUCUCUCAGAAAUAAACUCCUGCUGUACAAAACCAUGGUGAAACCCAUCUGGUCUUACGGUAUCCAGCUUUGGGGCUGUGCCAAACCCACUCAUUUAAAACCAAUCCAAGCGUUCCAAAACAAAACACUCCGAGCAAUCGUUAACGCUCCAUGUAAAAAUCAAGUUACCUGCCUAGUCACCAAAUUUGUUCUCGCGAAACCUAAUAAUUGUGUUUUAAUUGCAGUUCAAGGAACGGAAUUGGAUACAAUCUACAAGAAGUACUGCAACCGACUGAAACACGCAUUGUUUGUGGCUUGUUUGUGCGUCGCAAUCGCCGGGUGUCUUUUACUACUAAUUACAACAUGUAUUCUACAUUCAGAGGACAUUCAAGACCAUCUGCUUCCAGUGGUGACACUAUCCUUGGUGACCAUUGCCCUAAUGCUGAUAUUCGUGGGAUCGCAGCUUCCGCCAAUGCUGGAGUCGAAAAUAUGGUCGCUGGUGGCGUCGCUGAUCGUCACGGGAGCGGUGACAACCGCGGCUCUGCUACUCGCUGGAAUAUACGCACCCCUGCCGCUUUUCGCCCUGCUCCUAGCGUUGCACACGAUGCUACCGCUGUCGAAACUGAUCGCAAUAGCGUUGGCGGCAAUCGUCACGGUAGCUCAUUUGGCGAUUGCAAUAGCGCGCAGGUUGAAUAAUUCCGACUCGUCGUUUGAGCAGCUUGUUCCCGAAAUUAUCCUACUUCUGACCGCAAGCGGCACAGGAUUGUACUACCGUUACAUUACCGAAAGUGCACAUCGUCGCACUUUUGAAAGUACGCGAAGUUGUAUAGAAUCAAGGGUGAAGUUGGAAGUAGAAAAGGAACAGCAGGAACAGCUUCUGUUAAGUGUCAUUCCAGUGUAUAUUGCAGCGGAGGUGAAGAGGAGUAUUAUGAUUAAAAUGUCGGAAGCAUGCCACGAGGGGCCGAAUAAAGCUCAAACGUUUCACGAGAUGCACGUGCAACGCUACAACAACGUGUCCAUACUCUACGCGGACAUCGUUAAUUUCACUCCACUCUCUGAAAGACUGUCGGCCUCCGAUUUAGUUAGGACCCUCAAUGAACUGUUCGGUCGGUUCGAUCAAAUUGCACAGGUAAGUGCCAUUUGGAAAGUAGCAGCGCUAGGUUUAAGUGGCACGUUGAAAGCACUUUUCAUCCCCAUUCUUGAAACGCUGUUUACACCUAAAAGUGCCACAGUUCAACUUCACACGGUCCUUUAUACAUAA